AUGGAGGGCGGCAACCACAGCACUGAUCCACCAAAUGAUCCAGUUGUGACAUGCAGUCAACUUAGUGACGCGAUGUGUCAAUUGGAGUUCCAAGUCAAUGUUACAGUAAGAACAGAUAAGAAUAUAAUAAAGGUAGCAGUGCACGCAUACAAGGAGGAAAGUGGGACAAACAUGUGCAUACCUCCACCCUCAGGCAUUCCUUCCACGUGUAACUCUAUCUGCUGGUCGUUGUACGGGGAAUGGACGACUACUGCAGUGACUCCCACUCCGGUGCAGAUGACAGUUGCUGGGGGAAGUCCAACAGCAACUACAAAACCGAAAGUUAUACUUCCGAUUCUGAUCGGGGUUCUCGUGGUAGGAAUCGGGAUCUUUCUGGCGAUAUGCGCAAUUUUCGCCGUUUUGUGUCGACGUAGGAGGCAGGAGCAGUCCCUUCAUCAAGGCGUAAACUGGGACGAUGAAGGAUACAUGGGGGUGUCUGAACGUGGCUCUCCAGUGCACAGGUCAAAGGCUAAAGGUCAAGCAACAAGAGUUGUACAGUUUACAAACCGGACUUACGAUGAUGAAAUAGCUGUGGGCGUCCUCGGGCUGAGUCAUGACAACCGCAGCUUCGUUCCCGUCGUCCCGCCGCAACCAGCUAUGAUCCGUAAAACUUCGGAUGGGUACGUGGAGUACAACCCCAAGACCGACGGCGUGCCUGCACAGCUGCAGGAGCCUGCCGGCAACCGCGGACAUGGACAACGGGAUCGUCCACUACCAAAUCCUGUUGAAGAAGAUGACUACGUGAGACCGUACGAAGAAGUCAGUGAGAUUGUCGGAGCAGGAGUUGAAGUCAGAGCUAAUGCGGAUAAUAAUGUCCCACGGGGCAUUUCCGAUAGAUCCCGUAUUCGUGCGAAACAGCAACCGAUCCCUCCUGCGUCGAGCUGUGGUCAAUCAUCCGGUGGGUAUGUCGAUGUCGACAGUCUUGGCUCGGCACUGCAGCCAAGCUCAACCCCUCAAAUCCCCCAAUUGUCUAGCCGUGGUCAGUCCUCUGAUGGUUAUGUCGAUGUCGACAGUCCAGGGGCAAUGCAACCAGUGUCAACCCCAGAGUUCGAUCAAUCGUCCAGCCGUGGUCAGAUACUUCCCGCGUCAAGCUGUGGUCCAUCCUCUGUUGGUUAUGUCGAUGUCGACAGUCCAGGGGCAAUGCAACCAGUGUCAACCCCAGAGUUCGCUCAAUCGUCCAACCGGGGUCAGAUACAUCCCGUGUCCAGCCGUGGUCCAUCCUUUGAUGGUUAUGUCGAUGUCGACAGUCCAGGGUCUCCUCUUCAACCAUCUCCUGUCAUUGCGACCACACAGAUCCUCUCCACGUCGAGCAGAGGUCAAUUCUCUGAUUGCUAUGUCGACGUCGACUUUCCAGAGUCUCCACUUCAACCAUCUCCAGUUGAUGCGAACCUCCAAUCAGAUGGUACUGUUGAUGGAGUUGAUGUCGACCCUUCAGAUACGAGUAUCCUAUCGAGAUCCCUCCAUUCUGAUCCCUGUUUCCUUGGUAGAUCUCCAAGUUCGUCCCGGGACGACAGCGAUGGUUUUGAAGGCACCGACAAUCAAGUUGACACCUCACAACUAAAUCCUGUCUCAUGUACCCCCUCCUUCCCACCGCAAGAUAAACCGUCGACCACUGAUUACGUGGAUGUCGACUUUCCCGACUCCUCACUGCAACCAGGCGAAGUCUCUCUUCCAGUCGCCGUCGAUUCCGGAGGACCAUCACUGAAUCCUCCCGAUGGCUUCACAGAUGUCGACAACCUGGACAUCGACAAGGCCCACCAAUCGAGUUCGGAUGGCAGUCCGACUGCUCCUUCACACGCGGGCCCAUCUCAGGCUGACACCAAGCCAGACCAAGCCAUCUACUUCACUUUGGAGCCUCCCACAGCCGAGCACACAGCCGAGCCAGACGAAGCUAGGAGCAGCACCGACAAUAAUGGGAAUGGAUCAUUCCCAGCAACCAGCGAGAAUCCAGCCACUAGACUACCGCAGGCUGGCGCUGACAACCCCCGCUGGCUUACCCACGAUAAAGACAACAAGGGCGGUAACUACAGCCAGCUUGACCGUGGACCUCUCUGGAAAAAGGUCUCUGCACGAUCUGGCAGCGCUGAGCGUGAAACCUCGGCAAAGUAGCAAACCGAAAAUCUUCCAUCUACCUUUUGCAUUUGAAGAAUAAAUAAUUGUAGAGAAA